GUUGAGUGUGGGGCGGCGCGCGGGGGCAGGCCAGGGUGUAGCCGGAGGGCCACAUAGUGCCCACACCCUCUUCUGGACACAUGUCCAUGUUGGCUAUACUGAUGCAACAAUAACAGUGGAUGUUGGCUACGUUGAUUCAAGAAUAAUAGUGGACGUUGGCUACACUGAUACGAUAAUCGUGGAUAGUUACACAGUGGUGGGGCGGCUGACUGUAUCCUUGUAUAUACCAGUGGCAGUAUUCGUAGAAAUGAACUCAUGUGUAAAUUAAGUGUCGUUUAAGGAAAUAUUCAACCCGUCCAGAACAUUGUGGUAUAGCUUAAGUUAACCAAAGAAUUAGUGGGUGCAGAACCUCGAGUGUUUCUGAUACAAAGAAUAUUGUGCUUUAUCGAAGUCGACUUGUGUUGGUUGUAUGGUGGUGGCGGUGCCGUCCUCGAGUGAGCAAUAAGUCGAGGAGUGCCAGGUCUGGGUGCCAACAUGUGCCCACGUUUGUCACCAGUGUCUCGUUAAUGAGUCGUAUCCCACCUUGGGCACGCCGGCCGCUGGUUCCUGUUGUGAGUGGCGACACAGUGACCUCACUUUGUGGCCACACACAUGCCCAGUAACACGUGCCCUUAUCACGUGCUCACAACACGUGCCAUACAUAACACGUGCGUGCAAUCUGUGCAAAUUAUACAUCAACCAACCUUAAACUAAAAAAAAAACUGAGAUUUAAUGUAAAUAUAGACAUUCAGUUACUGUUAAUAACAACACUACAUAUCAAUAUUGUACCAGUGUUGGGUCUGGUGACGAUAUUAAAUAGUCUUUGUUGAAAUGUUGAUCAGUGAGGUUGUAGAGCGAGGAUAAGUGACCCAGAAAGUUGGGAGUGUUAAGUGAAAAGUGAGCUGCUCAGUGCUAGCCCUUUGUCUGAUUACAUCCAAUUAUUACGAAUGUUUGGACUCACUUAAGAACGAUGGUGUCGACACUACAUAUCACCCUUAGCUACAACCAGCCAGGCGGCCAGAGCCUGGGGAGGAGCGUGUCUUGUGAGGACACCAACUUAGUGGGCUUCACUUCUUCAGCUCUUGCUUCUACCUCCAAGAACACCUCGCUCUCCACCUCCAGUGUUCUUGAUGCUCGUACUCCGCUACCUCACGACGCUAAACCAUCCUCGGUACAGAACCUUCUUGCUCCUACGCCCUACAACCCGACGUCGAGUUUAAAGUCGCCAUCAUGGUCGCCGGUCAGAUUCAAACCUAAGCCCUUACCGGAUUCCCUGAAGAAUUUCGGCAAUUGGAAAACUGCUUCGAACAAUGAGUCUGAAGCGAGCUCGGGUAAGAAUGCAAUGUCGGCAGUACCCGCAGCUGACACGACAGUGAGGCCGAUGUGGGCUAAAAACUCCGGCGAUAACAAGCUGGCUCUUGUAUCACCCUCUCUCGUGGCUCAUUGGUCUCCGACAGACACCACACCCGGGGACUCUGGGAAGACCCCCUACAGAACAUUCUCCAAGGUUAUUCGUAAAUCUUCAAGUGCUAGUCAGGUGGUUUCUCCAACUUAUAAUCAAGGACCAUCGCCCAGCACUACCCAAGGGCCAUCUCUCAGUGUUUCCCAAGGGUCUUCCCCCAGCACUACCCAAAAAAAAAAAUUCAGUACUACCCAAGAGCCGUUAUCUAGCGCUAUCCUAAGGCAAUCUCGUAGCUGUACCCGAAUGCCACAUCACAGUGCUACACAAGGGUCGACUACUAGUGCUUCCAGGAGACCAUCUCCCAGUACUACACAAGCGCCAUCUCCCAGCAUUAAAGAGUCCUCAAGCGCUACCAGGAGACUAUCUCCCGGUGCUACCCAAGGGCCACGUCAAAGUGCUGUCCAAGCUCCACCUUUCAGUGCUACCCAAGGGUUAUCUGCCAAUGCUCCGCGAACACAGCCUCCUGGUUCUGCCAAUGGGUCGUCUUCCAGUGGUAUCCAAGGAUCAUCACCCAAUAUUAACCGAAAGCCGUCUCCCAGUAAUUCUCGAAGGCCAUCGCCCAGCGCUGCUCAAGGGUCAUCUCCCAGUGCUACUCAAGGGCCUUCUUCUGGUGCUACGCAAGGUCCAUCUACCAGCACUACCAGAAAGCCAUCUCCAAGUGCUACUCAAGGGCCUUCUUGCAAUGACAUCCAAAGGCCGUCUCCCAAAUCUGGUCGAAGGCCUUCUCCCAGCGAUACACAAGGAGUCACUCUCAGUGUUAACCAAGAAUCAUGUGGUAUAGCCCAAAGGCCAUCUCUCAGCACUACCCAAGGGUCAUCCCUUGGCACUUCUCAGGGGUCGUUUCCCACCUCUUCCCGAGAGCCAUCUCCCAGCACUGUUCAGGGGCCAUCUGACAGUUCUACCCAAGGCCCUGUUCCUAAAAAAAUUCUGGGAGACACAGCAUGGUUAUAUCCAAGCACUCCCGGGUCGGCCUCCAAUAAUACCUCUCCGGUGUCUCCUUCUACGCCUUGGAGACACAUACCUAGCCGUCUGGCACCCACAUCGUACCAGCGCUUUGAGAGUAGCGUGCACAGUGGUCGUGGGAGUAAAGGGGUGGGCGGGGGUGUGAUGGAGGAUGGCGCAUCCCACGCCCCCGUAGCCGCCCGCGUCGUCUCUGCCUCCUCCACCCCGCGCAAGGCCAACUCCCUCCCGGGUUACUACUCUCGGGGCUCCUCUCACCAUCCUCCGCCCUCCUUCCGCGAUGCCUUCAACACCAGCAAGAGUCCGACGCCCCCGAGUCGCCAUGAUGCUGCCCCGGCUGCCCCACCCCGGGGGCCCACCAGUCCCAGGGCCCCAAGAGUUGCUGCCGUCAGUCAACACCAGCGACAAUUGCAACCUCAUCAUCAACACCAAAUGCAGCAGCAACAACAACAGCAGCAGCUACACCGCCCACAACACCAGCAACUGCAGCACCAACAGCAACAUUUACAGCAGCAACAACAACAACGACUUCAACAACAGUAUCAACAAAAUCAGCAACAGCAAAGGCUGCAACAACAGAAACGGCAACAAAUACAACAGCAGGAACAAUUACAACAACAAAAACGUAAGAUACAAUUGGAACAACAACCACACAGGGAGCAGUCACAUAAGGGGCAGCAGCAACAACAACAACAACAUCAUCCUCGGCAUCAAGAACAGAAGGCAGAAAAACCAUCACUACCUCAGCCAGAGAAGAAGAGUAAAAGGUCUUUGUUGAGCGGCAUCUUCAGGCGUCGGAGGAAGGAGGCGAGCAACAGCUCCAACAGCAGUAGCAGCAGUGACAGUGAGGAGCCUCCCCAGAGACGAACAUUUCUUCGCCGUCGAACUAAGAAAAAGGAACAUAAAGAAAAAGAACCUUCACUACCGUCUGCACCACCGCCACCUCCGGGCGAAGACGCGUUAACCCGGGGUGGCCAUGUGCGGGUUACGGCGGGCGUUGAUCCUGGGGAGAGCAGCGAGAUAAACUCAAGGCUAUUAGCGGAGAGCAGCAACAGGAGGGUGAGAGUAAUGCCCAGUGCUACAGGGAGUUUAGGCAGGGAUACACAACCACUUGGUAUCCCUGUGUUGAUGCCACAACCAGGACAGUUGUCGAGGGUCGGGGUCUCAGCAUCACAUGAUUCCUUGCCAGUCAGUCUAGGGUCAUGGGCUGGGGGUGGCUCUCAUGCUUCCCUCGGCUACUACUCAGGAGGAGGCAUGGGUACACGCAGCUCUAGCACGGACACCAUCAGUAAAAAGGAGCGAAGGGAGGCACUGAAGGCACGGGUGGAACGGCUCCGUGAUAAGUUUAGGGAUACAAGCUCUGAUGAGGAGAAGGCGUCUGUGUCAUCACAUUCUAUGUAUGGCAGCGAGUCUAGUCUUUCAAAAUCCAACUCUCUCAGCAGACGUUCUAGAGCAGCCCGGACUGAACGAUUCCUCCGGCGGAAAUCACAAGAGCUGGAGACGCUGCGUACUGAAACUGAAAAGGACCGACGGAACCGUGAAGUCGUACAGGCCAGGAUUGAGGAAAUACAGCGAGUACGAGAGUUUGAGGCCGAGAGGAACAAAAUCAAUGAGGAGAAGAAGCUACAGAUCCCUGAUAAAACCAAACCAAAAUGGUCUGCCAAACUGGUGUAUCAGGAGUCCAGUGAAUACGAGUCCUCUGUUCUCUUACGAACUCCCUCGGUGAGUCCAGCGGCAAGCCCUCACAUGAAGGCCAAGUUCCAGGGCCACAUUCCACCUAAUUCCAACGACACCAGGAGCACUGUGGUCAUGAGACAGAAGCCGCUCACACCACACACUUCUGUAACAGUCUCAUUGGCGCCUCCAUCUGGGACGCCAAUAAGAAGAAGCUUCCAAGACUUUGAAACACCAGUUCAGGGAGAUUUUAGAGCUCACAGGAGUGCUUCUUAUGAUAGCAACAUCAAUAGAAAUUCUGUAUUAAUGCAUCAAUCAUCCGGAGUUAAUUUUAAUGGCGCUUCAAUAGUUAAUGCAACGCCACUAAGUAGAUCUGGCCUGAUCCCCCCGGCUCCUCCUCCCAGAGACAGGAGCAGGAUAUUGUCCCCAGGAGAUGGUCGACCCAUGUCAUUUUCUUUUGAGAAUCUUAACCAGGAAGCCCAACGACCAAACUCAGGUCAGUCGAGUAUGAGUAACUUCACCAAAGGUUCCAGUCCCAGUCCCAGUGUUCGCUCUGUUCCAGCUUACUUGGGCCCAAGAUCAAACAACCAGCUACAGGGGCAACCGCCGCCCAUGGUGCCCAACCGGCGGUCCUUCUCUGAACUGGAACUGUCACCCCAGCAGCAGGCACCAAUCAAGUCAAACUAUGGAGCUCCUCCAGCCAGGCCUGCACCCCCAGCAUAUCCACCAACACAAUACAGGUACACUGAUCAGCCACCAAAGACCCUCCAGCAGAACCAAUAUUCUAGAAUCCAACAACAGCCACCGCAACUACAACAACAACCGUCACCACAACAAACUCCUAGCAAUCAGACCUCCAAUCAGAUGCGUUACUAUACUGACCAAGCACCUCAGUAUGCCAAGAUUGUCCCCAUCAGCAGUGUGCCUCCUUCCCCAUCCUCUGAUUAUUCCUCCUACAUGAGCGAUAACAGUGUGAGACUACAACAAGCUAACACUGUGUGGCGGCAAAAGGAGCAGGAAAUUAAGAAUAAAAUAACAAUAGCCCAAAGUGUUGCUUCUCAAAUUUUGAGCGACUCGUCACGUUCCAACAGUCCUAAACCCGAUGGCUAUUGUUCAAAUGGGAUGACCACGUCUCCCGUGACGCAGCAGAGUGACAACACCUACGGCAUCAUCCAGACUAAAAAGACUCGUCCAACACCUCUCACCCUCAAGCAGGCAGAAUCUCUCAGUUCACUCUCGGGUCAAAGUGACGUCUCCAGCCCCGUCCCAAAACCUGUUGACUCUGAUUCCAGCCAAAGUAGUUUAGCCAGGGAGAAGAAGAAGCUACUACAGAACAGACCACUGUCUAUGGUGCUGGAGAAGUCUGAAUCAGGUGAGAAAGUCUCUCCUCCAAACACUCCCAAGUCAAGGCCACAACCUCCCAGGAGAGGCAGCAAGCAGGUGACCACCCCGGGCCGAGAGAUCACCAAGCGACAAAUGUUACAGGAGAUCAUGAAGCACAAAUUAGAACACCCGAAGGAGAAACCAAUUUAUCAAAAAGAGUUUGAAGACAUGUACAGAAAGGAAAAGGAGAGACUGGAAAAGAGCAAGUGUAGCAAUUUUGAAGAAGCCUUGAAGGAGCUGGAGGAGAUAUACGACAGCUUGAAGCUGGAUAGUGAAGACCUGCUAGACCGAGCUGAGCGUCGUGACCUGCCUAUACAACACCAGCAGCUGAGAGAAGAAAGGCAAGAUGCGCACGACUCCAUCAGUGAAACUGGAGACACGGAUUCCACCGUCCAGGACCGAGGCAGAUCACGAACACCAAAACUGAGAAGAUCGGGAGUUCCGGAUUUAAAAGCUGAUGACAUGCACUACCGGCGAUGUCAGCAGAGUACUCGUAACCAGCCGGACGUGCAGAAGGCACUGCAGAUGACGGGCAGCUACCUGCUGGUGUCUGCCGCCCAUGUUACACCUUCAGACCUGGAUAAGGAUCUGCCAAAGGACCCCAUGAUGGAGGGACAGCCAGAUAUUGUAUAUGACGAUGUAUCAUACAGAAGCAUCAAGCAGGCUAACUCCAUUAAGGUUAUUGACCCUCAGCCUCCAUUUGGAAUCCCAUUAGGACCAACGACUCAAGGAUCUGAGAGUGAUUAUUUGCACGUGACCCCAAAAGAGAACUACAGACCCAAGAUGAUCUCCAGGAAGGAGCCAGACACGACCAUGGACGACUUAGCAUUCAGAAAUCUGCGGAAGGACCAAAGGGACCAAUCCAACAAGGAGGUUAACGUCUCUGAGCUGGACGAACUCCUGUCAGAAGCGAACAAUGAAUCCCCUUUGUACAGGAGGAGAGCAGUGCGCUCCAUGUCUGCAGACCGAGCUCAGGUCCAGAGAGAACAGUCUAACAGUACAGACAAUAUUACCCUAGAUAAAGGUAUGAAGCUACAAACACCAAGACGAGUGAAACAUCAAAAUGAAGCUCGUCGUUCUGGCCGCUUCAUUGGUAGUUACAAGGACGCUGUGACAGACAGUGAAGCCACCCCGCUCAGUCCACGGCACAACCCCAGCUGGCUAGAGAGAGCCCACUUAGUGGACAACAAAUGGGAUAAUCUCAGCACAAAUAACUUAAGUACCAGCACAGAAACUCUUACGGAAAUGUCAUCAGCACGAGCAGUGUCACAGCCAGAUAUCCGACAAGCCAUUAUUCGGGAAGCUCGGGUACCGCCAGGAGGUCCCCAGGAGGUAAAAAACAGGCUGCAGGCUGUUACUGUUACUUCCCUCACUGCGGCUACCGCGGCCAGCCCCACCAUCGCCACCAUAACAGAGCCGAAGAUAGUCAAAGUGCAGACCAUCCAGAGCGCUCCUGUCUCUCCCGUAGUGGUGGAGAGGAAACCCUACCGACCGCUAGACACCAUCUUCAACAACAAACCCAAGCCUUUUUACCUUAAUGAUAAACCUCAGCCCCAGCAUCAGCAGGAGCCUGUGGAUAUAGCCAAGCUCGAUGCCCUCAUAUCCACACUAUCCAAGAUUGAUAAUAAUGAUGACGUUUCUGACGUGUCAUCCGUCGCUUCUAAACAGCCCGAUGAAACACCCGCCACAGACUUUGAAACUCAGGAACUGAAAAUUAGUGAAGACCCCACUUAUGAAAAUACAUUUGAGUCCCCUACCAUUGUGUCACAAUCCACUGAGAAUCGUAGUGUAAAUUAUGAAAAGAACAGUGCCAAAGCGAAUAUCGGGAAGGCCAUCAGAUUGUCCAUGGCCUUGGAGUCUUUUAGCAGUGAAGGUAAACAGGUUUCCUCUCGUAGGCGUAGUGCUAUAGACCUGCCAGUAAGAGACGCUGAACCCUCACAAAAUAGUCCCUCCAUCUCUUCCACUAAUAUCCUUCAUUGCCUGUAUGUUAACCUCAGUAGUAGUCAGGUGCCAGAACCGAGUUCCCCGGAGAGAGUAACUCUCACCACGGAGCCUCAGUCGGCGCUAGCAAGAGCCUCAACCUGUACUGAUAGGAUAGAGUCUAUGAUUGUUGUUUCUGAAGAUGUGCAUGAUAGAGCCAGGCGUGCUCACUCAGUACCCACCUCACCCAGGGGGGUUGACAGUGUUCCUGUGUUCAACAGAGAUUUUGAUAUGUUAAUAAAUGGGUCAAGAAAUAUCAAUAUAGGUGAGGUAGUUCCUGUCUCAGAGUGUAGUAGUAAUAGCAAGGUUGUGACCGCCACGCCUCUCCCGGCGGUGGAGGUGGAGGAAUCUCUGAGUGAGUCUCUCUCUCCUCACUCUCCCUCUCAUCUCUCCCACCAACUUGAUCAAUCUCUCUCACCACUAAAAUUAAUCAUAAACCAAAAACUUUCCAACGCAUGCGGGAAUAAGAAUCUCUCCCAAAUAUCUGUCCAUGAUGAAACUCCACCUCCGCAUGCCGCAGCACUCGAUGUCAACAAGACCGUUGAGCCCGAGUGUGGAGGGCCCGGUGGCACGGCUGGUGGUGCCCAGGGUACACCACCUUCACCAGCAGAUGUGCCACCGCCGCCCAUGCGCUCUUCCUCCCUGCCACCUUCUCCAGCUCUCCAGAGAGCCCUCAGCGCCUCUUCUCAUCUGCUUGGUCCACCUUCACCUACGCGUAAUGCUGACGCCUGGCUUGUAUCUCAACGGCGUGAUCACUCGCUGCAUGGUGCCAGUGUGCCCGUGCUGGGAAGGGCCGCCAGUACCAGCAGCUCUGAGAGUGAUGACUUCGGCAGUGUGGUGAGGGCGGGGUCCAUGCCACCCACCUCACGCCCGCCCCGUAACACUGCCAAGUUACCCAAGGGUCGAGGACAGGCGGACACUCCAGGGCCACGUUCGUGUUCUUCAGGUGAGGGUCCAGAUUGCGCCGCAGCUGCCCCGGAUUGCGCCUGUAUGCAGUCACUGUUGGCUGCCUGCUAUCUGCUUGCAUGUCUGACUCAGCUGGCUGGAAUUGAUCUGAUUACCGCCUUCGGUGUUCUCCUGGCCAUAGCCUCCGUGUUUAUCACGUUCGCAUUAUGACCCCACAGACAGUAACUUAACCUUUCCACUCAAACAGUCCAGUACCCUUCCACAGGUGCUCCCCCACACACGGUCUCAUCCCAUGAUCGAACGCUUCUUUCCCUCCACGCUUAAUGAUUUUUUUUAGACAGUUCUUGGUAGACUUCCUUCACCAGAUAACAUACCGUAUUAUUUUAACACAAUACAUGCUAUACUUUACACUUAUAUAAAGCUAUUUAACUUUUAAGUGAAGGAAGUCUGCUGCCUCAGAAUGUCCUGUAUGAAUUUUUAAGUAAUUGAAUUUAUAUGUUGCUGUUUCCCGCCCCCUGUGGUACUCUAGCCUCGUAAGAUACUGUAUAUUGUGGCCAUGGGUCAUUACUCUCACUUACGUUCAACCAUCAAGCAACUUUGACCACUUGUGUCAUUAUGAGCUGUCUAACGUAACUUUGUCUCUUAUGAAUUUAAAAUCAUCCUCAUUAUCAUUAUAUCAUUAUCACAAUCAUUAUAACCACGGUGAGCCAGAACAGCACCGUGAGUUAGACACAAUGACCCACGGCACUAGUCAGUCAUGGCCAGGAAUGUGUCACAAAGCUUUGGAGAAAUAUGAUAUGGUUUUGUAGUAGUGUUUCUCAUCUACUGCCAGUGUUGUGGUGUGCUGUGUGUUCACUCCUUCCAGCUUCGUUUUUCCCCUAGACGUUGUACUGUACCAGGUUGUACUGAUGUAUACUGUACUCUGGCGUUGUCUCCUAACACGAAUGUAUAAAUCCUAACAUGUAAUAGACGAAAUUUAAUUCACAAUAAUAAUAAUAUAAAAUUAAUUGGUUGGUCCAAUGGAUCUGACUGAUAUUUGUUGGUGCUGGUGAGGAGUUACUUGGAGGACUGUGUAACGUGAACUGGUGACGAAUAAAUAAACACAUAUGAUAAGAAUUAAUAAAAAAAUAAAUAAAUUACAAGACAUAAAUCCAAAACAGACAUUUAUAAAACUUUAAUAUUAAUCUUUUUUAGUGACCAUUAAACGUUUGGGUGUGACUGAAAUAGUUCAGUUGUCACAGUGAGUCGCUAACCAGGCAUUUACUUGAGACACUAACAACUGGUAUGUCAGCGCUCUUACAACAUGGGGUCGUCAGCAGUGCCUGGCGAUAAGUACCGCCAUGCAGGGGGGUGUUGUGUGGUCAGCAGCGCGUGUCAGGCAGAGACUGUGUCUACCCCUGGUAACUGUAUUGAGUGCUUGCACGUCACUGAUGACCUGUAAAUAAGAGGCAGUGUGUCAGGUCCACGUCUCUGAUGACCUGUAAAUAAGAGGCAGUGUGUCAGGUGCACAUCUCUGAUGACCUGUAAAUAAGAGGCAGUGUGUCAGGUGCACGUCACUGAUGACCUGUAAAUAAGAGGCAGUGUGUCAGGUGCACGUCACUGAUGACCUGUAAAUAAGAGGCAGUGUGUCAGGUGUACGUCACUGAUGACCUGUAAAUAAGAGGCAGUGUGUCAGGUGUACGUCACUGAUGACCUGUAAAUAAGAGGCAGUGUGUCAGGUGCACGUCACUGAUGACCUGUAAAUAAGAGGCAGUGUGUCAGGUGCACGUCACUGAUGACCUGUAAAUAAGAGGCAGUGUGUCAGGUGUACGUCACUGAUGACCUGUAAAUAAGAGGCAGUGUGUCAGGUGUACGUCACUGAUGACCUGUAAAUAAGAGGCAGUGUGUCAGGUGCACGUCACUGAUGACCUGUAAAUAAGAGGCAGUGUGUCAGGUGCACGUCACUAAAGUCCCUAUAUAGGUGAGUCCGCGGAUGCUGCUGCAGGUGACCGCGGUGUCUUCCCCGGUCACACGCUCCCCUAAUAGCCCCAUAGUAUCGCCUUCCAUGUACCAAUUCUUCAAUAAUUGUCUCUCACGAGAACAACUUAUACGCGAGACUUGACCUCAGGUGUCUCCCUACCGUGAGAUAGGUGGGGCGUAUACAGGUGGACUUGGCCAGUUCUCAGUAUAAGGAUGGAAAUGGCUCGUGAUAUUGUCUCGUCUAUCAUGUAGUCGGGAUCUGUGAGGGCCGAUUGUAAACACUGGUUAAUAAUCCCUGACGCUAUAAGAGACACACUCAGGACCCACAUGUAUACUGUAUAGAUAUAUAAUUAUAGACUACUGAAGAUACUAGACGUGCCUAUCACUCGACUUGUGACGUCAUCCCGGUAAAAUUUAUCAUUAACUGUAAUAUUGGAUUGAUUACAUGAAUACCUGUGUCCACGCCGUCUUGAGGACUACACACACAAGCAUGUUCGUCUCUGUAAUACCUAAGACAGCAUGUGGUGUGAUUUGAAUUUUUCCAUUAUUCUAUUUAGUUUUAUUGUAUUAUCUUUAUUAUUAUUACUCUUUCAUAAAUCUAUUAUUUCUGGUAAUCACGAUCAUGUUUGUCCUGUAUAAAUGUAUCAGUGACAGCCAGAAAUAUUAGUGUGUGUUGGUAAGGGUGGGAGAUGUAACGCUGCUUCACUCUAAUUACCUACACCCGACCAGUGUGUUGACGCUGGAAUGUUUGAUAAUUUUUUUUAAGUGCCAAAUAAUCUUGACGUAAUUAUCUAAUGGUGAAGACUUUUAUUGUGAUAUGUAUAAAAAAUGUGUAAAAAAUAAAUAUCUUUUUAACCAAAUAUAAGUUUUGUAAAAGAAAU